AUGAAGGCGGCCGCCGGCGGCGCUCCCGCCGAGAAGUCGGGCAGGGGGCGCGGCGACGACGCGAGGCCUGGGCGGAGCCGGGAGGAGCGCGUGCGCGAGCGGCCCGGCGGGGCGAGCAGCGAGGUGGACGCCGCGGGCGGCGCCGCGCCGCGGCGCGCUGCCGGCGGCGGCCUCGCGCCGGAGGAGGGCGCCGCGCUCGGCGGGGCGCAGGGCGGCGACGGUGGGCUCCGGGACGACGGCCGGCUCGAGCUCCUGGAGGGGCAGAUGCUCGAGGCCGCGCGGCGCGGGGACUUCGGCGCGGCCAGGGUGCUGAAACCUGAGGUCCAGCGCCUGCGGGCGAUGGAGCUGGAGCGGCUCGGCGCGGAGCUGCAGAGGCUGGGGGGACUGGAGCGGCAGCUGGCGCAGGAUCUGGAAGGGGCGCUGGCCCGCGUGGAGGAGAUCCGGGCCGCCCAGGCGGAGCUGCCGGAGGCGCUGGCCCGCGCGGAGGAGCUCCGUGCCGCCCAGCACAGGCUGCGGGAGAAGCUGGGCAUGUCCGUGGAGGACGACGGGGUCCCGGUUCCCGCGGAGGGCGCGGUGGGCGGCGAUGGGGAGCUGGGCGCGGAGCCGGGCGCGGAGGAUGACGCAGAGGGCGGCCGCGAGGGCGCUGGAGGAGGCGCUGGCCGAGUGGACUCCGAGCUCUGA